CCCACCGCCGCCGCGCGACCGCCGCCGCCCACGCCGCCGCCCGCGGAGGACGACGACGACGCGGACGACGAGGACAGCAAGACGCUGUCGCAGCAGAUCGCCGACGGCAAGUACGGCCUGAUCCAGAAGGAGCUGUACCGCGAGCCGCCGGCGCGCCCCGGCAUCGUGAGCUACGCGGCCAACCCGGAGGUGCCGCGCGACACGGCGCGCACGCUGGGAGGCCUGCGGCCGUCCGAGGUGUGGCUGGCCGAAGACCACGUGCUCGUGCUGAGGGGCGGCGCGUUCGCAGCCCCCGAGCGCACGGAGAAGCCGCCCUGGCCGCCGAUCGACGACUACCACGCGCCGCCCAGACAGGUGCGGCUGCCGGCGCGCCCACGCGUGCCGCCGCCCUUCCCGGUGCAGCUGGCCGACGGCGAGCCGCCGCGGCUGCUGGGCAACCAGUCCCGGGCGCCGCCGCGGCCGCCGUUCUUCGCGCCGCCCUUUCCGUUUCCCGGGCCCGGCGCGGCCAACGCGACGCGGGACGGCGCCGCGCCUCCGUAUCUCUACCCGCCGCCGGGAAACUUCCCCCCGGGAGGGGCCGUCCCUACGCCAGCGGGCAACGGAUCGUUGUCGCCACCUCCGUAUCCGUUUCCACCUCCGAGAAACGGGUCGCUGUACGGGCCUCCCGCCGGCCCCUUCCCGCCCCCGCCCUUCUUCUUCCCCGGCCCGUACGGGUCGCCACCGACGGGCAACGCCACCUUCCCGCCUCCCGGCAACGGCUCCUUCCCCUUCCCGUUCCCGUUCCCUCCUCCGGGUAACGGCACCUUCCCGUUCCCGUUCCCGUUCCCGUUUCCAGUAAACGGGUCGCUGCCGCCCGGCUUCCCCGUGCUGCCACCGGGGGCGGCGCUGCUGCCGCCGCCGGGACUCUUCAAUGACACCUUCGACGAGGACGACAUGUCAAUUUAUUACCCGCCGCCGUACGACUUCUACUAUCCGACCGACAACACGACACAGGUGCCACCGGGUCCACUAGUGCCCGGAAUAGUGCUGGCACCUCCGCCGAACUUCUUCGGACCACUCGACAACGAAACGGAGACUGCGGGCUCCGGCGGGACGACGGUCGCACCGCCGCCCUCCGAGACGACCGCGGGCGAGGGGUACACCGCCAAAUACGUGCCGGUGACGACUCAGAAUCGGCGUAAGAAACCUACACCCGCGACGACCGUGAAGACUGUCGCCGACGUGCCGGUCUCGACGACGACGCCGCCGCCGCCGCCGCCACAUCCGACGCCAGCUACUCCGGUACCGCCCGGUCGGAGCCCUUCGGUGCAGGUGAUCCACGACGGAGCGUCACCUCUCCAGCCUCCGGGUUACUACUAUUACCAAGUCCCGGCCGCCGUCCCGGUUACCUCGACGGUAGCUCCGCCGACGGUCGUCCUGUCCUCCACUACGGCUGCCCCGCCACCUGCGAGUGUUUCGUACGUCGUCGUGCCCGUCACAGAUAUAGUGGUGCGACAGCCGCCCCAGAGUCGACAGCAGCAGCAGCAGCAGCAGCAGCAGCAGCAACAGCAACAACGACAACAACAUCGACAGAGGCCCAAGGCACCGGAUCCGACACCGCCCACCUACUUCUACGACCCCAUCUCUGACCGUACGCCAAAAAAAUCUUACUACUUCUUUGAAGAACCUUGGCGCGGCAUUUCCUUCCAGUUCCCAUUACCGAGCCCGACACUGCAAACACUGCUGGGACAGUCGUACCGUCAGCCGACGCAGCUCUACUACUAUUCGGACGCCACAAAACGACAGAGGCCGUCGCAAUCUGUCGCCACUUCACAUCCCCCGUACUACAGUCUCCCGCAACAGGUAUCGACAGUGCCGCCGCCGUCACCGCACUAUCCGCAGUCGACUCCUGGCCGGGCACCGUACUACGGCCCCACGACACCGACACCGGCACCUUAUUACUUGCAGGUGUCCACACAUUCUUAUUACGAUAUCGGACCCUCUACUGUUAGACCUGCGUACCGGUACAAUUUUGAGCAGCACCCAGUACCGAAUACGACACCCGGACCGCGUACGACUCCACCGGUUUACCGGACGACGACACCGCGCACGGUCUUCGAGUUCGACUACAGACAGCAGCAGAAGUUUCGGCAACCCCCGUCCUAUUUCACUCCCGGACACACUUCCGGUGACUUCUCUCAGGUUCACGUAACUACACCGGCUCCCUCACGAUCACAGCAAUACGGAGGUGAACAAAUAUCGAGCAGUGGCUACUCGACGGAGAAUCCGUUGUCGGCACUGUUCACACGACAGGAUGAAAGUCUCAUCGAUGAAAAUACGAAAAGGUACUUCACAAUAUUUGGACAGAAGUUGCCACAACAGGAAUCUGAAAUACCGUCCACAACACCGAUGCCUAUUACUGAGGAACAGCAGAAUUUAAAAGAAGCUCUUCCACUGUCUCUAGAAGGUGAUACCCUGGUCAACUACAGACCACCACUUCCUGCUGCCAAUCCAGAAAGUGAGUUUAUCGCGUACCCACUGCCAGGAGACGGCGCCCACGCAUACUUCCUCCCACCCGGCGGUGGGUACUCGUAUCCGGCUCCGGUACCAAACCGGCGACUGCGGUAUCGUAGAAAGGAUACGGGCAGUGAAGUGACGUGACCUUUUACGGUGGAAGUGUCCCAGUGUGGAAAGCUCUUCUGAUUCGAACAGUGCCUCCAAAGCAAAAUCACAAACUAGAAAAAUUGAAUUAAGCUUCGUAUACUUUAGAAAAAUGUGUGAAUUGUUCGACAAGUGAGUGAUCGACAAACUGAUGCAGUUGCCUCAUUUCUGUUUACAAAGUGUAAUGAGAGUGUAUAUUUAUGUGUCGUUACAAACUACUACAGACUUAUUUUAACUGUUGUGAAUGCCACUAUUGCCUUUUUUAUGGAAAUGUGUUGUCGGAGUAGUCCGUGUUGUAAAUAAACAUCCUCCCAUUCGCAUAUAUUUAAUAACUGCUGCUACUGAUGUGUACGAGUGUUAGUAACAGCUUUGUUCCGCUUCUCAGUGCCAUUCAGCUCAAUAAACAAAAUUUAUAUGUUGUUAAUGUAUGACAGCAAACUCAGGCAUACUAUUCUUAAGGUACCAUGUAGUUUUUUGGUAGCGAUUAAUUAUUUCAACUAAGCUGAAAGAAAAUCAUCAGAAACAAAUGAUUAUCUCAGGAAAUCAAUAAAAAAUUUCCAUGUCAA